CUUUUGACGGGUCCUAUUCCGGCUGGAAAGAGUAGGAGUGGAAGGGAAAGGCAGCAGGAAGUUAGAUUGGUGAAGAAAGUAGACAUGCAGCAGCAGGGUGCCACGUUGAAAUGUUGGCCGACGGUACGAAGCCAAAGAAAGUAA